CAAUUUCAAUUUUUGUGUACUAAAAUCUGAUCUAGUCUCAAGUGCAAUUAUAGUUCAGAUUCGCUCUCUGCUCUCCGUAAUCAAAUACUCGCUUUGAUCACUUCAUUCUCUUCUCUGAGGGAUAGAGAGAUGGAGUUGAUUGGGUUCAUUCAAGUUUUCAACAUCAUCGUCAUCGCCAUCGGGACUCUGUUGUACAUGCGCUGCAGAUCAUUAACAUUUGGUUCCUCGACUUCUUCUUCUAAUGCUACUGAUGUUGAUACUGUUAAUGUUGGUGUUGCUGAUGUUGCUGAUGCUGAUGUUGUUGGUGCUACUGCAGUUGCUGCUGCUGAGGCUACUGCAGUUGCUGCUGCUGAGGCUGCUGAUGUUGCUUCUAAUGUUGUUGUUGUUGAUGUUGUUGAUGAUAAUGAUGGUGAUGUUGAUAUCCCCAUUAUUCGAGAUAAGUAUGAUGUGUUUAUUAGUUUCAGAGGCGAGGACACCCGCAAAAAUUUUACCAGCCAUCUUCAUACUGCCUUACUUCGCUAUAAAAUCGAAGCCUACAUAGACUACAGGCUGAAGAUAGGAGACGAAAUAGGACGCACCCUACUAGAAGCAAUCGAGAAAUCAAGACUUUCGGUGAUCAUUUUCUCCAAAAACUAUGCGUAUUCCACAUGGUGUUUGAUUGAACUUGUGCAUAUACUCAAAUGCAGAAAUAAAUAUAAACAGAUGGUUGUGCCCAUUUUUUACGACAUCAAUCCAUCAGAUGUGCGAAAACAAGAGGGGAGUUAUAAAGAUGCAUUUGCUGGACUUGAAAAACGUUUCCAGGACAGUAUGGAUAAGGUGAUCGAGUGGAAAGCUGCUUUGGUGGAAGCAACCGGUCUAUGUGGGGCAGAUUAUUCAAACACAAAGGGGACGGAUGCCGAUUUCAUUGAGAAAGUUGUGGAAGAUAUUUCAACGAAAUUGAAACGUGAAAUCUCAGAUGAUUUAACCGGCCUAAUUGGAAUUGAAAGCCGCAUCAAAGAAGUUGAAUCGCUAUUAAGCAUUAAUGAUUGGAAAGGUGUUUGCACUGUAGGCAUUUGGGGCAUGGGUGGUGUUGGAAAGACCACCCUUGCUAAUGCUGUGUUCAAGAGACUCUUUUUUAACUUCGAAUCUUGUUGUCUUCUUAAAAAUGUUAGGGAGAAAUCAGAGCAAACAGAUGGAAUCGAUCAAUUGAAGAAAACAUUUCUUAAGGAGAUCUUAAAGGAAGAAAAUCCCUUCAUAGAUUCGACUUCUGUUCAACAAAAGCUCAGGCGUACAAAGGUUCUCAUUGUUUUUGAUGAUGUCACUGAUUCAAAGCAAAUAAAAGAUGUAGUUGGACCUAGUCCUCGCUACGGCGAUGGAAGUAAAAUCAUCGUAACAAGUAGAACGGAGCGUACUCAGGAAAGCUGUUGGAGAUAACAAACAUAUCUAUCAGCUUGAGAAAUUAAAAACUGAUGACGCUCUUCGGCUCUUUCAAUUUCAUGCUCUCAAUGAUAACUCUCCUAGAGAAGAAUAUACAGACUUGUCAGCACGGGUGGUAGAAUAUGCUGGAGGCAUUCCACUGGCUCUUGAAAUUUUGGGUUCCUUAUUCUUUGAAUGUGAGAGCAAAGACGAGUGGGAAAAUGCAUUGAGCACACUGAGAAAUAAUCCCAAUGAAAAAAUUCAAAAUACGUUCAGAGUAAGCUAUGAUCGAUUAGGAAGAAAUGCGCAGGAGGUAUUUCUUGAUAUAGCAUGCUUUCAUAAAGGGGAUCAUAUUGAGGAUGUAAAAAAGAUAGUAGGCUUUGGCCAAAUGCAUGGUGGUUUAUGUGCGACAGAUGGAAUUAGAGUUCUCCGUGAUAGGUCUCUCAUAUCGAUUGAUUCGGAACGGGAAACCAUAGAUAUGCAUGAUUUGGUACAAGAAAUGGGUUGGGAAAUUGUUCGCGAACAAUGUGUUGAAGAGCCCGGAAGACGCAGUCGGCUAUUCAUUGAGGAGGAUGUUUAUCAUGUGUUGAAAAAUAACACGGGAACUGAAAAGGUUCAAGCCAUAUUCUUUAACGGAGAGCAAAUCUUGGAUCGUGCAGACUUCAAAAGAAUGUAUAAUAUGAGAUUGCUCGGUGUUGGUUCUUGGGGGUGGGGGGGCAAAAUAUUAAACAGUAAAACUCUCUUUCUUCUUCCCAAUUCUCUUCGUUAUCUUUUCUGGGUGGCAUAUCCUUUGAAAUCUUUGCCCCCAGAAUUUUCUCUUGAAAAUCUUGUUGAGCUUCAUAUGCCCGAUAGCGAAGUCACGCAACUUUGGGAUGGAGGCCAGAAUCCUGGGAACUUAAAAGUGAUCCAACUUUGUAACUGCAAACAUCUAACUGCACUUCCAAAUCUCUUGGGGAGUCCAAAUAUCGAGCACAUGGAUCUUUUUGGAUGUGAAAGUUUGGUUGAAAUUCCUCAGUAUUUUAAAAAUCUUGACAAACUCACUUAUCUUGAUCUUUCAAGGUGCUGCUGUCUCAAGCAUCUUCCAGAGAUGCCAGACAAUAUUGAAUUCUUAAAAUUACAAGGCAGUGGCAUAAAGGAGUUGCCGUCAUCAGUUUGGUCUCAUGAAAAAAUUUCUUCCUUGGAUAUUACAAAUUGAAGAACUUAAGGAACUUCCAAGCAACACUUGCAAGCUGAAAGUCUCUGGUGCUUUUAGUCUAUAUGGCUGCUGCUCUCUUGAAAAGGUUUGGGAGCUUCCCAGGGGUAUUGGUGAAUUAGAUUUUUCAAGAACAAAAAUAGAAGUAUUGCCCAUGUCAUCAAUGGAGCGUCUCUUUUGUCUCACCAAACUUAAACUAAAGAAUUGCACAAAUCUUGUGAGCCUCCCACGGAGCAUUUGUAAGUUGAAAUCUCUUGAGGAACUUGAUCUCACUGAUUGCUAUGAACUUAAAGUUGUCCCAAGUUGCAUCUACAAAUUAACAAAUAUCAAAACGCUCAGCUUUAAUUACUGUUGGAAACUCCGAAAUUUUCCUCAGCCGACUGGCUCAGUUGGUUUUCCCUCUCUUGAAAUACUAAAUCUCAAAGACAGCGGUAUAUUAGAAAUCCCUGAGGGCGUCAUUUGUUCAACCUCAUUACGGGAUCUUAAUCUGAGCAGAACCAAAAUUCGGAGCAUACCCUCAAGCAUUAAACAAGCUGCUCAGCUGUCUUGCCUGUGCUUAAUCAAGUGCGAGAAACUUCGAUCUUUACCAGAGCUCCCAAUGCCCAGUCGUCUUCAAGCAAAUGGCUGCAAGUCACUGAAGACAGUGUCGAGUUCAAGGACAGCAAUUACACAAUGUUGGAAUAGAUAUGAAUUGCUUCGAGAGCAACUUAACUUUUCUAAUUGCGGAAGGUUGGGUUAUGAUGCAAGGAGCAACAUAAUGGUUGAUGCACAGCUUAGAAUCAUGCGAGUGGCAACUGCGUCUUCAAAGUUAGAGGAGGAAGAUUACGUAUGUUUCUCAACUGCAGACGAAGAUUACUUAUCUCUCUAUCGCUCUGUCUAUAUCAAAAUGGAAGAUUACGAAAAGUACUCUGGGCCCUUAGUUACCAUUGUAUGUCCGGGAGAUGAAAUUCCAAAUUGGUUCGUACAUCAAAAUGAGGGGGCUUCAAUAAAUGUCAGGCUUCCUGCAAAUUGGUUUCGUGAAGGUUUCUUGGGUUUCGCUCUCUCUGUUGUUGCAUCCCAACUCUUUGCUUCAGAUGUGAAGUUUGAAUGCAAGUACAAUUUCAAAACUGGAGAGGGGGAAAGUCAUGAAAUCAAUUGUUAUUUCAAUUUAGAAAUUAACGAUGAAGGAAUUUGUCAUUACUCAUAUCUACAACAUGUGUUCGUACUGUAUAAAGACCUUGAAUAUGAAGAGAGAACAAAAUGGUCCUCUGCUUUUUACGACUGCGUCACUGAGGUCUCUGUUCACUUCUGGCAAGAAAAGGGAUUCAAGACAGUGGAAAAGUGUGGCAUGUGCCUGUUGUAUGCUGAAGAUGCUGAGAAAUUAAAAUGUGAUGUCAUGUCGCGACAAGAACAAGAUGAGCAUGCAGCAAGUGGGAGUGGUGAUCCUGAAGCCAGUGGAAGCAAUGAAUCUGAGGAAGCAAGUGGAAGCGAUGAUUCUGAGGGUGAAAGUGGAAGCGACAAGGAAGCAAAACAAAACGAAGAGUCUGGGGAAGCAAGUGGAAGAGAUGAGUCUGGGCAAGCAAGUGGAAGUAACGAGCCAGAUGCAAGUCGAAGUGAUUAGUCUGUUGUUAGUUUAGGGCUCUCCUAAACUUCAAUGUAAAAAAUAAUUUAACAAUAAAAAAUUGAGUAGUUCAUCCAGUAUUCAACCACAAUUCUAUGUUAAACGUGUGAAAUAUAUUAAAAUUGUCUACAUCUAUCUCAAAAUCUAUUUACAUCCUAA